UAACGGCUUGAAGCAGCCGGAGCUAGCGCCGUGUUGGGAGCCGAGCUGCCCCGGGGCGCAGUGGUUGUUUGUGGCCGGCAGUGUGCGGCUGAGUGCGGGGGAACGGAGUUCUUAAUCACCGCUGAACAACACGAAGCCGCACCUGGCUUUGUGUCGAAGCUCAAGUUCUAGCUAGCUCGAUAAAGUGUUGAAAACUCCAGGCUCGUCUUCCCCGCUGAAGAGCACCGCUUCCUCUCGGACUAAAUGCAACUGAAGCAGGGGGCUUGUGGGCAUGAAGUGGCUGGGCGAAUCCAAGAACAUGGUAGUAAAUGGCAGACGCCACGAGAACAAGUUGACUGCCGAGCAGCCCAUGAGCCAUGCUCGCUCUCAGCACUUGCAACGUUCGGCGCAGCGUCAGAUCAGAAACCACCAGAGAAGCCGCCGAUGUAGCCGCAGGUGCAACGCUGCCAGUCUGGAGGCAGAACGCCGCUACGUACCCUCCUCAGGAAUGACGGCCAAGGAGCUGUGUGAGAACGAUGACUUGACCACCAGCCUCAUCCUGGACCCUUAUCUGGGCUUUCAAACCCACAAGAUGAACACCAGAUUUCGACCAAUCAAAGGGAGACAAGAAGAGCUGAAGGAAGUCAUUGAGCGGUUCAAGAAGCACGACAACCUGGAGAAAGCCUACAAGGCUCUGAUGACAGGAGACUGGUGCCGAAAUGUUUUCCUCCACAAGUCCAAGGCCCAGGAAAAGCUCUUUAAGCAACAUGUGUUUGUUUAUCUGCGGAUGUUCGCUGCAGACAGCGGCUUUGAGAUUCUGCCCUGCAAUCGUUAUUCCUCUGAGCAGAACGGAGCUAAAAUUGUAGCCACAAAGGAAUGGAAAAGAAAUGAUAAGAUUGAGUAUUUGGUGGGCUGUAUUGCUGAGCUGUCUGAGAGCGAGGAGAACCUGCUGCUCCGCCACGGAGAGAACGACUUCAGCGUCAUGUACUCCACACGCAAGAACUGUGCUCAGCUGUGGCUCGGGCCCGCUGCUUUCAUCAACCACGAUUGCCGGCCAAAUUGCAAGUUUGUGUCAACAGGACGGGACACGGCCUGCGUGAAGGUUCUGAGGGACAUUGAACCAGGAGAAGAGAUCUCGUGUUAUUAUGGAGAUGGGUUCUUUGGAGAAAACAAUGAGUUUUGUGAAUGCUAUACGUGUGAAAGGCGAGGUACCGGUGCUUUCAAAUGCAAAGCUGGCCUGCCGGUGGAGGUGCCAGUGAUCAACAGUAAGUACGGGCUGCGGGAAACGGACAAGCGGCUCAACAGACUGAAGAAGCUCGGAGAAGGAAACAGGAGCUCGGACAGUCACUCUGUGGGCUCCCACACUGAUGUAGACUCUCAGGAAAUGCCAAAAACACAUCAGUCUGCCAGAAAAAGAACUUCAUCGUCGUCAUCUGGUCUGAAGUAUAAAAACAGGACUCAAAGCAGACCGACUUUGUCCAGAGCCCUUUCUACCUCAUGUUCAAAACAAGGUCGUUCAAACAAUAACAGGGUACCAAAGAGACUAAAAUCUAAGCCAUUACUCAGUAAAGUCCAGCUGCGGACUCGCAGGAGAGGGGAGGAGCCCAGAGCCUCGGCCAAACCUGAGGCUGCCCAGCUGGGUCUCGGGGAUUCCAAGGUGUCGCUGUGUAAAGGCAUCACCAUCAAGAAGGAGAAGGAGGGACAGGAAGUGGCGCCGCUGGGCCAACGGGGUUGCAUCACUCGGCACGCUGCCAAGGAAAACAGCAGCCUUCAUGCCGUUCAGAGCAGCGAGGGCAGCCAGGGUUCCACCUACAGAACUCGCAGGUCCACAAGGACAUUCGUAAAUGCCCAGGAAUUAACUGCUGGAGUCAAGCUGGAGCCCAGUGCCAUGGACGGCUUGAGCCCGGUUCCUGGUGGGGUGGUCAUCAAAACUGAGCCCGCGGACAUGGAUGAGUACCUCCACCAUGGAGCUGGACUUCAGCAGCCGGUGUUAGACACCAGCUACGCGAGAAGAAGCACGCGCACCAGCCAUAAACGGCAGACGCAGUCUAGGACCGAGCGGGCGAUUAAAUGUGAAGGCUCAAACUGCGAUCCGUUUGCGGCGGCUGGAGGCCACGCCCCCAACUUCUCAGACUGUGGAAACAUGCUGCUGAACUUCACCGACAGACACAGGGACUUUAGCAGCGUCACCAACAGCAGCAAUGACCUCUGCAGAGACAAAAGCAAAAGCAGCUGCCGCUCGCAGGACAAGGGGAAGAAGAAGCGUCGGAUCACCAGAUAUGACGCUCAACUCAUUCUGGAAAACAACACGGGCAUUCCCAAACUGACCCUCCGCCGGCGGAGGGACAGCAGCAGCAGCAAGACCAACGACCCCAACGACCACGUUGGCUCCUCCACGCUCAGCUCUGCCUCUUCCAGCAAGAUCAGCAUCAAGUUCAGCAAGGACCACGACAAGGAGAAAGGCAGCUCGUACGUCGCCAAGCUCAACAACGGCUUCACUCCCAUGGUCCACAGCAACGCCACCAAGCUGAAGAUCCAGCUGAAGAGGGAGGACGAUGCCCGCAGAAUAGCCCAGUCCAAGGUGGAGCAGAUGUCCUACAAUGGAGGAGUCACUCAAAGUGUGGAGAGCAGGAACGGUGCCCAUCGAACCCAUAAGAUCCUAGCAGAACCUUCCUCUAACGAGGAGGACGAGGAGGAGGAGGAGGAAGGGGAGGACGACGACGACUACUUCCACAACGAGUUUGAGGAUGACUUCAUUCCACUUCCUCCAGCGAAGCGGCUGCGCCUCAUCGUGGGUAAAGAUUCCAUAGACAUCGAUAUCUCCUCCAGGAGGAGAGAGGAUCAGUCCCUGAGGCUCAACGCGUGAGCGCCGGACCUUCCUGUAAAUAAAGAUGAACAGCUGAUCAACUGUUGUUGAUGUAAAGGAAGUCAUUAAAAACGUCAAAAUGCUGAAAAUCAACAAGUCAGCCUGAAGCAGACCUCUGCUUUUCACCUGCACUCAAAGAUCCUGAGAAACCACCACGACCUCUUGGUUCCAUCGUUGAGUUCAGAGUGAAACGGAGGCUUCCUGUCAGGCUGAGCCAUAAUGCACUUGUUCUGUUUCAUCAUGGACAUGUAGAAAGUGUACAGUGGGUUGUCACACAGGUUUUUAUUCAUCCUUUAGUUUUUGUCUCCUCGUGUGUCGGCUCCGUGUGGAGAGGUGGAUCCAGAGGUGGUCCUCCUGGUGCCAUGUUCUCAACUCAGUCUGUCCUGUCCUUGCAGUUAGCGUUUGAUCAAGUUCAUCUUGUUUGGUCGUAAUUUGAAAUCAUGCGUUUCUUCACACAAGCAUUAAAUCAUGAGGGAGAUUUACU